AUGAGUUAUUCCACGGUCGUAUGGAUCGAUGAUCCGUUGUUCAUCAAACGUCAGCGUGUUCAGAUGGCCUGUUCCUUCUGUCGUCAGCGGAAGAUACGCUGCGACGGGCGAAGCCCGUGUUCAAACUGCAAGAAAUAUGCCACCGAUUGUAAUUACGUGAAGAUAGAAAAGUCGGUUAGGGGAAGGAAUUCCAUCAAACCCGCUAGCCCUCCGGCUGGCGAGCAGCAAUCCUCCGCAAACUUCAUAAAGACCAUCCCCCACGACAGAAAAAGCGUUCACGGAAAACGAUCAAUUGAAGAGGAUUCUUCGGAAUCCCAGAACUUGCCUCCCGCUCGUCGACGCAACACGAAUCCUUCGAUUUUCUCCACUCUUACCGCCACCGCCACCACCACCCACAACAGCCUUGAUCACAGUAACAACAACAACGACUGCACUUCUCAGAGUAAUAUUGCAUACUAUUUUCUUCUUGAUUCUUCUUACCUUGGAAAAAUAAUGUUGUUUCCCGAAUUCUCAUUCUCGCUUUCCCCCUCCCUCUUCAAUUCUCCAGCGGUAUCCGCUUUCCAAGGCAACCCAAUUUCGAAACCGGAACCAAAGUUACCGUCAAUCGAAGACCGAACUUUUCUAAUUCCAGAUAAGGACACCGUUGAGCAUUUGCUAUCCCUCUAUUGGAUAAACAUCCAUCCCUACAUUCCCGUUCUCAACAAAUCAACCUUCUUACGAAAAUUUGAGGACUCGCAUGAUCCUCCGUCCCCCUUAUUGCUCAAUGCAAUGUUCGCCAUCGCCUCAGAGUUUUCUGAUCGUCCUUCCAUAAGAAGUGAUCCCGAAACCCGUGAGAAUGGUGGGUGGAUAUUUUUUGAUAGGGCUCGUGGCUUGAUCGAUACUUUCAUGGACGCUCCCAGGAUGUCCACGAUUGCCGCUCUCAUUCUGAUGUCGAUCUAUCAACAACACAACACCAGGCGUUCCGGAAUUUCGGCUGGUUAUUUUCGUAGGUGGAUGUACAUUGGAAUCGCCAUUCGUAUGGCCCUGGAAUUGGAUUUAAAUAGGGAUAUCGACGAUCCUAAUAUGGAUCGUUCUCACAAGGAAUUGAGGAAAAGAUUGUGGUGGUCGUUAUUCAUGGUAGACGUUUUGGUCAGCUGCGGAAUUGGAAAAUUCAGUCAUCUCGAGGAUGACGAGUGCACAAUUUCGGAACCUGAUGAGGACGAUUUGGUGGACGAACCGGAAUUGAAGAUCAAUGAUGCUUUCAGGGAAUUUGUUUGUCAAAUAAAGUUCACCCGUCUGCUUCAUCAAUUGUUGAAACACAAUUUUUCUUCAAGGAUAUCGAAUGCAUUCAUAAACCACGAAAUUAUCACAGGUUUCGAGGAUCAAAUUCACGCAUGGUUCAUGAUUCUGCAGGCUCCCCGUCAAGCCACAGAAUCCUCCCUCGAGAGCUCCAACAAUUGUUCCACAACGAUGCUGCAUCUACACAUGUUAUAUCAUUCCUUCAUCAUCCUGCUUCAUCGAAGAUACAUCCUCAAUCAGAGUUCCCUGUCGAAAUGCGUGCAGGCCGCCAAAAAGGUCACACCGAUCGGUUCUCUAAUACUACAUAACCAUUCUUCUCCUUUCAGGGGAUUUCUUAACUGUUCCAUUUGGUGUUUGUUGCAAGCCGGGAUGAUUCAUGCGUUGAACAAGGUGGUGGGAAACGAGGCGCAUGGUCGAGUGGCCGAAGAACAUUACGAAAAGAUCGUACACUUAUUUCGGAAGCAUUCUCAAAUGACGGCCCUGCAGGUGUUACAGGAUUACGCAAACACUUGCAGCUCCCAUCGAGUGUCCGUGAUGGAGGCCUGGUCUUCUGCUGCUACAACCGACAAUCAGGAGAUGUUUGCCUUGGUGAACGGGAGUAAGAACUUGUCAUAUGGGGGUGCCGCCGCCGCCGCCCUUCACGUGUCUCCGGCCGCAAACUCGGGUGGAUUUGACAUCGCCCACCUAUCCCAGAUCAGUACUCCCUUCCCGAGCCCGCACAACGGUACCGACUCUCCCCUGUGCGGUGCCACUCCGCACAAGUCUCCGGACGUGGACCAUGACCACUUUACAAAUGUCACUUCUCCUUUGGUCGGUAGCGAAGGAACCUCGGUCCAUUCCCCCGACGAAUUCAAUUUCAUUCCCUUUCUAGGGAAAGUUCAAGGAAUUAGCAACGACGAGGAUUGGUUCAAUAAUAGCGAUAACAAUAAUAGCAACAAUCAGCCCGAUUCCUCACAACACGGCACUUGGCAUCAUAAUUUGAGCAACAAUAAUUUCACCCGAUUUUCAUUGGCAUCGCCGCACCCGGCCACCCCCCCUUCCACGACGACGGUUGGCAUCGGUCACACCUCGUCCCCGAUCAAGAAGUUUUCGGAAUCUCCCGUGGUCAGGUCACCUCAUCAUCAUUCGUCGUCGAACUCGAGUAUCUCGAUACUCUACGCCGACGAUGUUCACACGCCGGCCAUACAACCUUCCCCCACCACCUCCCCUUUCCAUUCUCCUGCACAACAGGAAGCGGAUGCUGAAAUGAACUCGGACACCAUUACCUGCGAUAGGAUACCUAGUGUUGGCGCCACUCCUCCCGGCAACUAUUCACAUCCCUCAAAUUCUUCGAAUGUCGGCUCCAACCGUCACGAGAGCGCGACGACGGGCUAUUUCGUCGGCAACAGUAGUUUUAGUGGCCUGGGAAUUUGCUCCAACUAA